GCUUCGCCCUUUGGGCAGAAAUUUUCCAAAUAUCUCCACCCCUAGGCUGAAAAGCCAGAAAGAAGUUUUGAGCCAACGAGGGGAAGAAAGGAGUUGGGGCAAAACAGGAGGCGUUUCCCUACCCGCAUACAUCCCCGUCCCCGAGACACCCAAUCCCCCCACCCCCAGCCUGCCCGCGCCUCCCGCCCCCAGCUCCUCGCCCUGGGGACAGCUGGCAGCCCCGCGCGGACCAGACACAAAGCCGAUCAAUCCCGGAGGCGUGGGGGCGGAGGGACGACCCGCCGGGGCUUUCCCGGGCGCUGCUCUCCUCCUGCUGCCCCCUCGCUAGGACCCGGCGGACGCCUCGCCUGGCUUUCACGCCCUCUAGCCCCCACCCCCACACCCCCAAAAAAGAACAGACCCCCAUCCCUGGGCUGGAGGACCCGCCUCUUGGCAGCCAGCUGAGAAGGCGCCCCGGGGAGGGGGAAACUGACAUCCCAUCUAGAGCCGUCCCUCCUCUUCCUCCCCUCCCGAGUCUCUGCUCCUUUCCCGCCCCAGAAGUUCAAGGGCCCCCGGCCUCCUGCGCUCCUGCCGCCGGGACCCUCGACCUCCUCAGAGCAGCCGGCUACCGCCCCGGGAAGAUGGCGAGGAGGAGCCGCCACCGCCUCCUCCUGCUGCUGCUGUGCUACCUGGUGGUCGCCCUGGGCUAUCAUAAGGCCUAUGGGUUUUCUGCCCCAAAAGACCAACAAGUAGUCACAGCAGUAGAGUACCAAGAGGCUAUUUUAGCCUGCAAAACCCCAAAGAAGACUGUUUCCUCCAGAUUAGAGUGGAAGAAACUGGGUCGGAGUGUCUCCUUUGUCUACUAUCAACAGACUCUUCAAGGUGAUUUUAAAAAUCGAGCUGAGAUGAUAGAUUUCAAUAUCCGGAUCAAAAAUGUGACAAGAAGUGAUGCGGGGAAAUAUCGUUGUGAAGUUAGUGCCCCAUCUGAGCAAGGCCAAAACCUGGAAGAGGAUACAGUCACUCUGGAAGUAUUAGUGGCUCCAGCAGUUCCAUCAUGUGAAGUACCCUCUUCUGCUCUGAGUGGAACUGUGGUAGAGCUACGCUGUCAAGACAAAGAAGGGAAUCCAGCUCCUGAAUACACAUGGUUUAAGGAUGGCAUCCGUUUGCUAGAAAAUCCCAGACUUGGCUCCCAAAGCACCAACAGCUCAUACACAAUGAAUACAAAAACUGGAACUCUGCAAUUUAAUACUGUUUCCAAACUGGACACUGGAGAAUAUUCCUGUGAAGCCCGCAAUUCUGUUGGAUAUCGCAGGUGUCCUGGGAAACGAAUGCAAGUAGAUGAUCUCAACAUAAGUGGCAUCAUAGCAGCUGUAGUAGUUGUGGCCUUAGUGAUUUCCGUUUGUGGCCUUGGUGUAUGCUAUGCUCAGAGGAAAGGCUACUUUUCAAAAGAAACUUCCUUCCAGAAGAGUAAUUCUUCAUCUAAAGCCACGACAAUGAGUGAAAAUGUGCAGUGGCUCACGCCUGUAAUCCCAGCACUUUGGAAGGCCGUGGCGGGCGGAUCACGAGGUCAGGAGUUCUAGACCAGUCUGGCCGAUAUGGUGAAACCCCAUCUCUACUAAAAUACAAAAAUUAGCUGGGCGUGGUGGCGUGUGCCUGCAGUUCCAGCUGCUUGGGAGACAGGAGAAUCACUUGAACCCGGGAGGCGGAGGUUGCAGUGAGCUGAGAUCACGCCACUGCAGUCCAGCCUGGGUAACAGAGCAAGACUCCAUCUCAAAAAAUAAAAUAAAUAAAUAAAUAAAUACUGGUUUUUACCUGUAAAAUUCUUACAAUAAAUAUAGCUUGAUAUUCAUAA